UAAAUUGAAGGUGAAAUGACGAAAAUACCCUCUUUUAUUUUCCUUCCUCUUUUCUUCUUUUUCCUUUUCUUCAACCCAAAGACAGAAGGCCGUUCAAAAGAAAAACGUAAACCAGAGCAUUUGAACUCUCUCGCGUCUGCAGUUACCCCCUUCAACUCUCUCCCGCCUCCGGUGAACGUUUUUCUCUUCCGUCCAUUUCUUCUCCACUUCCAUCCAUUUCUUCUCCACGACUCUCCGCUAUAUUUUCCGAUUUCAACUUGUUCACCGAACGUCUCCAUUUCUUCUGCACGGGUCUCUGUUUUACUUUCGACUUCAACUCCGGCGGACGCUUCUCCACUUCCAUCCAUUUCGAUUUCAGGUUUCAGUAUGGCUUCGACAUCAACUAACGGUCCCAUGUACAAGAUUGACCCUGCUCAUCAUUUUCAGUCUAUACGACUAUUAGUUGCGAAGUGGCCUGAAUACCAAGAAUGUAUUAAAGAGAAUCGACCAUUUCACUCGAAGGAGGAGUAUCGGUUGGUUGACUAUGUUGUCGGAUCAAAACAAGACUUUCAAGAUCCUUGGGUGAAUGUUGAUUACAUUUACUCUCCAUUCAAUAUCCAUGGCAAUCAUUGGAUUCUAUUAUGCUUGGACUUGGUACGUUGUCAAGUUAAGGUAUGGGAUUCGCUUCCGUCGCUGACGAGUGCCGAAGAUAUGAGAAGCAUAUUAGAGCCAAUUCAAGAGAUGGUGCCAAAUUUGCUCGAUGCUACUGGAUUCUUUGUUAGGAGAGGCGGAUCAUCAACACACAAGGAACCUUGGCCACUUGUCAUUGUCGACUCCAUUCCACUUCAACGCAACAAUAGUGAUUGUGGUGUAUUUACAAUUAAGUAUUUCGAAUAUGAAGCUUCUGGUUUAGAUGUAGCUACAUUAUGUCAAGAAAACAUGUCAUAUUUUAGAAAACAAUUGGCAUUUCAAUUAUGGACCAACAAUCCCAUGUAUGAAAAUUGUAGGAAUUAUGGACCAACAAUCCAAUUAUGGACCAACAAUCCAAUUAUGGACCAACAAUCCAAUUAUUGA